AUGGAUGUGAGCCGGCUGCAACAGCCAGACACGGUGCUGCUGGAGCACAUAAAGAAGCACAUCGAGGUUCUGGAUGGGGAUGCGGCGUCAGCUCAGCAGGGUGCUUUGGUGGCCUUCGCACAGCGGGCACAAUUGCCGGCGCUGAAAGUUCGUCUUCAAGAUCCGACGCACGCAUCCAGGUGGUGGCAAUGGGACGGUCGGAGCCAGGACCAGGACUGGAGCGGCGGCUGCAACAGCCAGGAGAGUGCCCCAGCAUCCAGCGGCCGUCACCAGCCACGCAGUGGGGACGACAGGCAGGCGAUGAUGCGGAACUACCUCAGCAGCCGCAAGCGCAUCAUGAUGAAAGACGCCAAGGAGGCUGGCCAGGACUUCGACGUCAACGGGUGGAUGCUGGCCAACGCGAGCUGGACCGGCUACCAGGAGGCUCGAGCCAAGCUGAAGAGCGACAAGCCUAGCUUGAGCAGGGAGGAGAUCGUCAUGUGCUCCCGCGGGCUGGUGGCCGGGUUCUCAAGUGGCUUCCGCAGCGUGAACCCGUGGUACUUCACGUCCGCGGGCGCCACUUUCCGGGACCAGGAGCUGCAGCCGGUGCAGAUGUGGAUGGCUGUCCUUGAAGGCGGCGGCUCUGGCUCAGGCACCCCGGCAGCGACGGCUGAAACAGCCCUGAAGCAAGAGGUUCAGGAAAGCCAAAACGCCGCGACAGAGGAGGGCAGCUCCUUGCUGGCGUACUGCGACAUCGACGCGGAGGGCCAGUACAAGUGCCGCCUUUGCAGCACAGGCUUCAUGGACAUGCUCUACUUCCAGGCGCACCUGAUGACCGAAGCCCACCAAGGCCGCCUCAAAUGGUUCCUUAAGGAAAAAAAGACGGCUGCAACAGCCCAGACGGCUGAAACAGCCCCGGCCUCAUCGUCAAGUGGGAUGGCUCCUGCCGCGGGGUCGAAGGCCAAAACUGCGCCGAAGAAACGCGUGCACGACGAGCAGGAGCCGGAUCCCAAGGAGGUGAAGACGGUGAAGAUGGAAGAGGAGCCGGGGCCCAAGGACGUGACGGUGAAGAUGGAGGAGGCCAAGGCGGCUGCAACAGCCGAGGUGGAGCAGCCCGAGCCACAGGGAUCGUCGGCUGCAACAGCCAAGGUGGAGGUGGAGGUCCAGCAGGUGGCAAAGACAGAGGAGCAGCCCAUGGAGGUGGAUGAUGAGAAGGUGCCGGACCAGCCCAUGGAGGUGGAUACGAAGGUGGCUAAGACGGAGGCCAUGGAGGUGGAUACGAAGGUGGAGGCGGCUGCGGCAGCAACAGCGGUGGACGCGGCAGUGGAGGCGGUGGAGCCGGCUGCAACAGCCCUGUGCAUGGACCCCGGGGAGCACAUCGCGUACUUCCUGACCAACGAUGGCGUGGACAAGGUCAAGUAUCGCGUGAGCGGUGUCGGGGCCAGAACCAUCGUAAUUCUGCCUGGCACCGGCCGCCCGUACAUCGGGCAGCCGGAGCUUUUGCUGAAUGAGUACAGGGACAAGAACAUCCGCAUCGUGGAGCCGGCGAACGUGGAGGGAGGAAAAAAAGGCAAAAAAUGGAAGCUCAACCCGCCCACGUGGCUCGCAACGUUCGUGCACGAGGCUGGCGCCACCUACGUUGCAGGAUUCUCCCGGGGGGCUUUUUGGAUCAGCCUCUUGAUUGCAGGGCUGUGUGAUUUCGGCGCCAUCCUGCUAGACGAGAAGGAGGCAUCGGCUGACCAGACGGCUGCAACAGCCCGGAUCCCCGAGUGCAGCCAGUUUGAUCCUGGCCGUUUGGAGGCCGCGCUUAUGGUGGGCUGGUACAAGAAGCCGUCCUUCAACGAGUGCGACCUCGAGGACUUGGCGCAGCGCAUCGAGCCACCGGCGCUGUUCGUCCAGUCCACGGCCGCUGGGCAAGUAAGUGAGUUUUUUUUUGUAAUGCUAGGAGAAUAUAUUUUUGCGAAUAUUGAUUCUACUCAGAUGGAUGAGUGCUGCCCGCUGGGAAAAGUGGAGAAGACCUUCUUCAGGUCCGUUCAGCGCCUGAACAGGGGCCGCCUGAUGGCGGCGGACGAUCUGACGCACGGAGAUCUUGAACUGCUACUCGCACUUCAAGGGAAGUGCGAGUGGGCUGGCAGGUUGUGCUGGGACCAUCUGCUUCGCACACAAUCAGUCCGCCCAAGUGUUUGGCGGGCAAAGUGCGAAGCAGAUGGUCCCAGCUAA